UUCAAGACAGUAAUUUUUCUAUUUACUUCAUCUGUAAAAGGAAAAAAGUUGGGUGAAGACCUUUAAAUACUUGUAAUGGAUUGGUUAGGAUCUAUUAAACCUUUUGCAUCACUUAAUCAAGAGGAGAAUGAUGCACAUCGGAUAAUAAAAUGUUUGAUAGAAAAUGCUUCCGAAAUAACAAAGGCAGAAGGACAGCAUAUAGAGGGUUUUCUUAUAAUUGCAAGCAUCGAAAUAUUUAAGCACUGUUCAAAUGUUUCUAUCAAAGAACUAAAAGAUGCAACAACAGCGACGGAAGUUAUAUUGUCCUAUAUACUGCAAAAUUUAAAUCAGCCUCUUACAUCUACAAGGAUAGAGCUACUACAUUAUUUGUGUGACGGAGAAGGACAUGCAGAUUUGCUCUCUAACGCCGCUGUUACUUGUUUUCUGCAUUAUGAUGCAAAAAAACAUAAAGAUGUUGUUACUCCAAAAGAGGAAAAAAAAUUGGAAAGGAAUCAAGUCAAUUUAUCAAUUUUGGAUCACCUAACAACACCAAUUGUCUAUAAACAGUCAGAAAAUGAAGAUGUAAAUUUUCAGAAAUCACUGAUUAAAUACAACAUCGAUUACUUAAAGAAACACAAAGUAGGAGAUAAAGUAGUCAAGUGUUUGAUCGAGCAACUUGGAAAUAUCGAAAAAAUCUACAACUUCUUUAACGAAAUUGACUCUGUCGAAAACUCGAACGUUAUACAAACGCAUCUUUUGCCAUUCGUGAAUAAUUUGACACAAAUCGAAAAUGAAGUAAACACACUUUGCACGUUAAUCAAAAUUCCUAUUUUCGAAAUAGACAGCAAGGAUGUAAUUCAUCAUUUGUUGACGUUCGGUAUCGGAUCUUUAAACUGCUCCAUAAUGUGUAGUUUAGUUCAAAUAUUUUGUUCUUCGAGUGGAACACAUUUUAUGAGAACAAAGGAACGACAAACCAUGGAUACAAAAACCGACAUGGAGCUCGAUGUCAUUUUGUGUGACAUCGCGGAUAAAGGACUACAGAUUUGUAGCAAAAUCAUGGAAAUAUAUAAAAAAAAUAUUUCUUUCGCAAUAUACAGUAACAUAUGCACUCUGGUAAUAUUUAAUCUUGUGCAAGGUGUAUCAUCAAUGUUUUCUUUGCUUGGUGUUCCAAACAUCGCAGUCAAUUUUGAUGAAGAAAGUGUUCUCAAAUCUAUACAACAAAAACUCCAACAGGUGCUUGUUUAUACAAAUAUCAAUCAGGUCAAAAUGCUGUUGAAAAAGCUUAAUUUUAUUUAUACACAAGCUCAAAUAGAAAGUUUGACAAAUUUCGACCAAAGAACUCAUGAUAUUGAGAAAUUGAACAUCUUUGAAAAUUAUUUAUUUCAAGACCGUCUAAAUUUCAUUGCAAAGAACACUCACGUUCAUAACAUGCUCAGUAUUUUGGCAAUAAUGGCAUAUAAAAAAGCAUGUAAUGCGCGAUGCAAAUCAACAGAUGAUACUUGUAGUGAGUCUACAACGUACUUCAACGAUACAUAUUCUUGUUCAGAUACAGAGUCCGAAGAAAGCGGAAGCCUUUUGGGAAUACUUUUUCGUGAAACAGUUUCUGAUUCGGAGGAUUUGUACAGAAACAAUUUGCUGCAGAUGGAAAACAAAAGAAAAUAUAGCACCAAAUAUUCCCCUAAAGAUGAAUCGUUUGAAUUCAUAAGCUUAUCGAUUGAAAUAUACAAGUUUCUUCAGGAAGCAACAACAAUGAUCACAGGGAAUAUAAAAAUGAAUGAAAUAAAUCAAGUGCAAGUUUGCCUUUUUGUACACGUUUUAAAAGAAAUUGAUAAGGAAAAUCUAAAUGUGCGGAAACACGAUACAGAAAGUAUCUACAUGGAAUGCAACAAUAUUUUUACACAAACCAACAAACUAUCUCAAAUUAUUUCGGAAUAUAUCCACAAUCUUUUGUGCAAUUCACUGUUAGAUGAAAAUAUGCAACAGAAACUUUUGUCAAAUCUUAACAUUUCACCGUGGAAAUCAGAUACAUCGUGGACGCUGAAUAUAUCUCCAAGACUCUUGAAAAUAUUAGUGCAAGUUAUGACACUCAAACCGCAACAAGAGAAAGAAGCAGCUUGUUUAUCUGUGUGGCACAGAUUAAUUGAAUCCAUAAUAAAUAAAUUAUGCAGUAUUCACAACGACGAAGAUUUCGAUGACAUCAAUAUAGAACAUGCUCAAAUAGUCCUUUACUUAUUUUACUCACUGAAUUUAAUGCAGAAAAAAUCAAUUUUAUUACUGACAGCAGGCGCAAUAAUUAGAGGCUCAAGCAUUGGGAAAAUCACUUCACACGAUCCGCAACCAAGUGAAUCUAAGAUACUCUUGCUAUCAAGACUUUUGAUGUUUUUUGAAUACAUGAUGAAACACCUCUAUACACCUCCAUCUCAAUUAUUGGACCAAGUUGAAUUAUUAUUACUUCAAGAAAAUUUGAACAAAACUUUAGCAGACAAUGAAACGAAAAACGACCUGAUUACUCUUGGCAACAACGAUAAUGUAAAAUCGUCGAAAUUACAAAAGAACAAGAGACUCUAUAGUCUAACUAGUCCUGAAACAUUUGAUAGUGACUUUAAACUAGAUGGCUUAGCUUGGAAUUUUAUUCUGUGUACUCCGGAAAAAUUAAAAUAUCAGUUACUGUUGGAUGCAUUCGUGGAUGUUUUUCGCGUUUCUAAUUUAUGCAAGGAUGUAACAGAUAUAUCAACUUUGAGUGUUGUUCAAUACACUGUAUCUUUGUGCUUAAAAUUAUUGAUGGGCUUACCACCAUCAAUAUCUCAUAUUGAGGAAUUGAUGCAGGGAUCGCCAUCUAAUAUAUAUUUAUUAUUAUGGGCGAUGCGUUGCUCUUCACCGGCACCUCAAACACGAUAUUUAGUAGUAAAUAGUCUGGUUAAGCAAGGACUGUACACACAAGUUGCUGAGGCUAUGUGGAAUAAAUUAACAAAUCAAUUAAGUGAAAAAUCAUUUUAUGCUGAUGCAUUUCACAAUUCACUCAAAACGUGUAUAAAGUCAUUUGAUUUAGAUUCAAUCACACUUUUAAAGUUAUUGAUGAUAGACACGUCUUCUGUAUAUUUUUAUAUGAAUCAAAAUGAAGCGUCUAAAAGCACUGAAGAAACUCCAUCUUAUAUCAUUGAAUCUUUGAAUAGCCUUGUUAACAUAUUCAAAGGAUUAAAAGAAACAUAUUUUAAAAGGAAUAUUGAAAACUAUGAAUAUGAGUUGCCAAACGAAGUUGCGGAAAAACUGAUUUCUAUUUUAUUAGAACAGAGUAAAAUUAACGAACCUAUGAGAAACUUUGUCAAAAAGCUAUCGAGUUUUAUUUGUCUAAAGGAAAUGAAGUCAGAAAAGGAAGAACUUGUUAUAUCGUAUGAUUUAACAUUCGCCCGUGGCUUAGGAGCCGAGAACUUCAUAAUCAACACAUUGGAGUUUCAUUUAAAAAGCAUUUUGGCAUCUAAUAACCACCAGCUUUGUAACUCUAUUCAAUACACUAUGAAAAACAUACUAAACAUGAUCUACAUAUCUAUAACACAAUCAAACUACCAAGACGUUCAGUUUCGCCAACUUCUUACAUCAAUGUUGACGGACUUGAGAGCAGAGUCAUUGAAUUCCGACUUGAUAAAUAUAUGUAAAAUUAUAUUUGAAGAAUAUGGAAAUCAUAAUAUUGAAAAUGUCAUAGAAAAGCAUAUAUUGAGUCGAAGUUACGAAAUAUUUAAUGAAAUUUGUUCGGAAAAAUUUGCAUUGCCCGCAGUGGUUAAAAAUAAUAUUCUUGCAUCUAUAUUAGAUUUUUGGUGCAACCUUGCAAUGGACAAAUCUGGAAAGUUUUUGUUCUUGGAAGUUUUGUUGCCAAUGAAUGAAAAAUCAGAUUUCGUCGAUAUAUUAUUUGCUUUCAUGCACACGAAAAUGGAGCACAACACAAUUAUCAUGAUCGUUCAAUUAUUUGUUGAAAUAAUUGAUACUAACAAUGACGGCGAUUCAGUUAAUGAAGUUGUCUCGUAUGCUGUCUGGAAUCAUCUUAAUACAAGCACAACAACUUUGAAAAAAUGGGCAUCUUACUUAUUAUUUGGAAGAAAUAUUUGUUUCUGGGACGACAACAGUGAAGAAUAUUAUGAUGCCGAUAGAGUGACAACAUUGUCGAACCCAAUGGAAAGUGCAGAAUUCAAAAAGACUAUCAUAACUGUAAAAAAAUUAUUCAAGCUAUUGAUGCAAAGUAAAACAUUUGAAAGUACGACAACUUGUAAUAUAUUUUCUGCAUUUUGCCAAAUGGGAUUUUAUUUAAUAAUGCCAAAUAAAAAUGUACCUACCAUAUUUGAGUACUUGGAACUACUAUCCAUUUUGUUUAGCGAAGAGCAGAUACACUUACAAAAAAUGAUGCUAGAUAAACUCAUGUGCUGGUUACAAAUAACCGCAUACACCAUCAGUGCCACUAACAAAAAUGUCGGAAAAUUAAAUGACCAGUUUGUUGAAAAUGUAUAUGUACUUUUAAACAACAUUGUUGUGCGAAUGGGAAAUAAAUCUCCCUAUCUUAACUUGCACAGUUCAAGUGAGGACGAUUUAUACAACACUAAUGAUUUAGACGAAAUUGGAUAUGAUGAUGAAGAAAGUACCAUAGAGGAAUCGGAUGAUGAGAAUUUAUCAACCAAAAUGUGUACCUAUCUCGUGACACAAAAAGAUUUUAUGAACCAACAUUGGUAUUACUGUUACACUUGUAAUAUGUUUGACGGCAUUGGUGUCUGUUCAAUUUGUGCAAAGAUAUGUCACAAGAAUCACGAUGUGUGCUACGCCAAAUAUGGGAACUUUUUCUGUGACUGUGGUGCGAAAGAAGAUGGGUCCUGCAUUGCACUAACAAAGAAAUGGAACACAUCUGUGUCGUCAUACAGUGGUCGAGUUACAGAUGCAAUAAAACGAAACAGAGAUACUAAACGAGAAGAAAAUUCAGAAUGGAAAAUAAAUUAUACGGACCGCAGUGAUUACUGCGAGAUGUCACACGAAAUAUAUGAAUUAUCAAAAAAUCAAAUGAAAGGUUUACUUGUUACAUUUACGUUCUUGUUACAAGAAUUAGAACCGAAAUUAAUUGAAUCGUGUUUAAGUUCAUCAAGUCUAAAAUGUUAUUUUCGAGCAAAAUUGUGUUUGGAAGAGCUACACACAUUAGAAAAAAAGUACGAGUUCUCUGAGAACUUAGUGCUACCAGCUUUAGGCUCACAGGAAGGCGCAUUUGAAAACGUCCGGAUGAAUUAUUCGGGAGAACAAGGAACUAUUAUACGCCAACUUAUAUCCACGAAUUCGGUAAGACGUGUUGGAUUGUGUUGCUUGUCUAUUCCUUUUGGAACAAAACAACACCUUGUUGUAGCACAAGACAAAGGAAAAAUUAGCAUUCUGCAACUGUCCACAUUAUUGAAACAAGUCGAUGCUGGAAAACAGAAACUAAUGAUAACCAAACUGAACUCUGCAAAUGUUCCUUGUUCAAUCAUUAUAUCAUUGGCUCCAAACAUGAUUUGCGAUGAUUUAUUGGCCAUUUGUGGUAUCAAGGAAUGUCAUGUACUGCAAUUUUCAUGUGUUGGAUCCGUUAAAAAGCACGUGAUAGUAACUCCUCACUUGGAAGCUGGAAACUACAUAAAACGUUCUGUGUGGCUACCCUCUUCUCUUACAAAAUUAGCUCUAAUAACCGCAGAAACUGUCCAGAUAUAUGAGCUCUCCAAAGAUGCCAACAAAGCAGAGUAUUGUUUCUUACUGCCCACUGGAAAAAUACGGGAUUGCACGUUUGUUUAUCAAAAUGAUUUGUAUACUAUGUAUGUAAUUUCGACAUCUGGUCAUAUAUAUGUACAGUCAUUAUGUGAGGAAAGCUUGGCCAAAAAUGGAAACUACUACAUAACACAAAUUUUGGACUUGAAGCAUCCAAGUUUAAAAGACAUUAAUGGGCAAAUCUUGGGUGGAGGAGUUUCAAUUUAUUAUUCGCACUCGUUGCAAAUAUUGUUUUGCAGUUUUGUAACGGGUAAAAAUUUCGCUUUUUCUUUGGAAAAUGAGUGCACCGUACGGAAGGUUUUUAACAUACUAACAAUGACACCAUCAAAAAUGUUUUCCAAAAACUCAAAUCAGCCUUUAUUCAAUUGGACCGAAGUCGCCUGCCAUCCAGGCUUAAUAUUUGCAAUGUUCCAAAAUUCAAAUAAUAUUGCUAUUAUGGCAGUUAUGCCAAAUGAAAUUACGUUUCAAGAAUUAAAACUGCAAAACUCAAAAGUUAAAAUUAUGGAUUUCAUAGCUAUUCGACACAACAUAUCUGGCAUUGACAAAACCUCUCUGAUCGUACUCUGUGAAGACGGAAGUCUCAAGUUAUAUAAUGCGAACGCAAAUAAAACUAGUUUUUGGCUGGCGCCUGAAAUAAAGUCUCGUUGCAUUGCAUGGAAAAGCAACCGAUUGAAGAGAACCAAAGGUCAAAAAAUGGCGGAUAAUGCUUCAACAACUAUUCCAGUUGAUUUCUUUGAGCAUUGCAAUUGUCUUUCGGAUGUUGAAUUCGGAGGAAAUGAUUUGUUACAACUCUACAGUCCCAGUCAAAUCAAGCAUAGAUUAAAUACAAAUGGUCUUUUUAUUACAUCAACGAAAAGUAAUGGAUUUUCAAUAACAGUCACAAACAACGACAGCACUACAAUUAUAACAGGAUUUCGUGUAUUGUGUGGAAGCCAGGAUACUUCUAAAGCACCCACUUUUAUUUCCGUGGGAAAUAGAACUGUAUCAACUAAUGUAACUUCAUUCCCAAGAUGGAUUGAUUUCGGUUUGCAUCGUAGUGAGAUAGUAACGAUUCAAAAUGAAAAUAGGUUGUGUAUCGUAUUCGGAAAUUCACAAAGUCCUGAUAGCAUUACCAUGGUGGACAGUAUAAAAAUAUAUGGCACAACUAAAGAAAGCUUUGGUUGGCCAGAAGAAGCAGAAGAGCAUUCAAAUAUAAAUGUUACAACAGCUUAUCACCCAGAAAUGAACCCGGGAACAUCGAGUAGUUGUGUGUCUGAAUAUGAUCAAUAUCAUUUGUAUUCAAAUACACUCAUACUCAUUUCAGCAAAAGUGCUAGAAAUUUAUGGAACAUUUGUUCAAAAACAUCAGAGCAUUGAAACAAAUGACUUUAAACAAGAUUGUCUAAAGUUCUUAAGCAAUAUUGCUUUGCUUCCCGUGCCAUCGUAUAUUGACCAACAAAUCAAGAAGUUGAUGAAUUUGCUUAUUCAAGAUCGAGAUGAAUACUUACUGUUAAAGGAAAGACUCGUUGUAAAUAAUGUUUUUAAGCAAUUCAAUGAGCUUGGCUUAAAGGAGGAUUUAGCCGAUGUAGAUCCAGAAUUGUUCUAUCUUCUUGUCAAAAGUAUUCACCAGAUAACGUGUCAAAAGCCGAACGAUUUUGGUUAUGUUUGUAAAACAUAUGGAUUCAAUAUAGUUCCAAUAUUUUACAGAUUGAUUUCAAAACUAUUUAGUAUAACACCAAGUUAUCUUGACCCCUUUGCUUUGAUUCAACCUGGUUUACUUCAUGUAGAAUUUGUUUUUCAAGUAUUGGUAGACGCCAUACUAUGUUUUUGCAUUCAAAAUCCUGCGACAAUAACACAAUUUGAAGAAAUGCUUUUUGAAAUGCUAACUGGAUAUACUGUCAAAGUAAGAUACAUCAUCAAGCAAUCCUUAUCAAAUUUCUUCAGGUCUAAAAAUCUGGCUCUAGAAAGUGAAGGAGGACGUCGAAUCAGUUGGACUUUAAGUAAUAUGAACAACUUAAAAUUGCACUUGACUGAUUUGCUUUGCACUAUGUUAAAUAAAAUAGAAAGCUCAGCCGUGGAAAAAGAAUGUACUUUACCAUUGAUGCAAAUCUUGUUGUCACUUAUGUCAUCAAUGAAACUUCUGGAAGCAAACGAAAAAAUAGUCUUCCAUAAGGUUUUACAUACUCUGCUAAAGGUUUCUGGAAUAAAUGACCCUACAUUGAAGGAAUCUUUACCUUUGGAAAAAUACAGUCUGACACUAUUAACAUUGAAGUUCUUUUGUUUAUUGAUGGGUAAAGCUAAAACUAGUCAAAUAAAGUAUCCUGACGAUAUAGAAACCAAAAACGAUGUACCUGAGCAAACGGCAAAAUAUUUGAUGGAAACAAACAUACUUCAAGUUUGUAUGAAUUUUUUGAAAGCCGGACAUGCGAACAUCCCAUUUGCUCCAAAACAAGAUGACAAUCUUCUAAAAUCGCUAAAUGUAAAUGAAGUGCAUUAUUUUCAUCCUUUCUUCAACAAGUGUGAUUUGAAAAGUCAAAAUUAUCAACUAUUCCAACCUUCAGUUCCACUUUUGAAUGAAGGAAUAAUUCGACUUAUUUACCAAAUUACGAAAAUUGUUGGAAAGUCAAUUUUUUUGCAUGUUUGGUUCAAAGAAAACGGCGAAGAGCUGUCAAAUAUGCUAUGUGACUUUAUGAUGGAUGCCGACGAGCAGAGUAUAAGACGCAUCACGAGAAAAACAUUGCUUUUACUUUGUGGUAGCAAGGAUAACUAUCGGAAUCUAAAGGACAAAAGAUGUAUUCAAAAAUAUACUAAAUCAACUAAAGCAUUUGCUAAGAGCUUUUCAACACAAAAGAGUUAUAGUUCCACAUUUGAUGAACUAGUUAAUAUUACAAAUGAUUUGAAAAAUUGUUUUGAUAUUGCCAUUGCUAGACCCACCAACUGGCUGCAAUCUUGUGAUUCGGAUGAUGAAAUUUUGCAAGCACUAUUUUCUUGCAGCUGUGCGCACAACGAAGAAGUGCUACACACUAUUAUUAUCAAACUCAUCAGUAUAGCUAUUCAACAAAAGGACUCGAAUACUAAAGCGAAAAAUCUUGACGAAGAAAAUAGCAAUGUUUCGUGUUGUAAUAAACUGCUGUACUUCUUGUUGCCACAUUUGAUGCACGAUUUCAUAAUGAAGUUUUUAAUCAAUACAUGUUCUUUAUCUCUCAAAUGGCAAGUACAUCAAGUCUUACAUGCAUUAUAUGUGAAUGCUAAUCGAGAAUGCAAGGCAAAUACAUUACUUUUGUUUUGGGAAAUUUUCAACACAACUAGUGCUCAAGCCAAACUGUCUCCACACUUCAUUGAUCUUUUGGGAUAUUUCACAAACACCUCACCUACAAGUGAUGAAAACUUUAACAUAUAUUUAAAUCAGGUUUUGAAAACCAUUAAAAAUCUGCUUAAAUUACUAGCCGAUCACCCAUCUUCACAUUUUUAUCCAUAUUUGCACUACAUAUUAGAUACUGAUGGAUAUUACUUUGAUCGAGAGCCCUGCUUAGAAUGCAACAAUGUUGAAAUACAACCUUCUACAUUGAAAUUGUCUGCUAUUAAAGCCGAUGCUCGAUUCUCCACAUGCUCUAUGAUUCUUAAAUUAAUUCAAAGUUAUUGCAUAUCUAAGAUCUUUCUACGUAUAACUGAUAUCAAAAAGUCAAAAAUGGUACGAAGCAUAAAUAUUUUGUACAGUAACCACAAUAUUCAGGCGACGGUAGAUCUAAAAAGUAAAGUGGAAACUUGGAGAAAAGCAAAAACUGUAAAACUUCAACCGGGACAAACUGAUAUUCGCAUUGAUUUCUCAUUACCAAUCACUGCAUGUAAUUUGAUGAUCGAAUAUGUGGACUUUUAUGAAACGACUGUUGGUUGUUCAGAAACACUUCAAUGUCCGAGGUGUAGUGCAGUUGUUUCCUCAAAUCCAGGAAUCUGCGGCAAUUGUGGUGAGAAUGUUUUCCAAUGCCACAAAUGCAGGGCCAUUAAUUAUGACGAAAAGGAUCCAUUUUUGUGUAAUUCCUGUGGAUUUUCAAAGUUUGCCAAAUUUGACUAUACAUUAGUGGGAAAACCAAGUUUUCUCAUAGAUUCUAUUGAAAGUGACGAAGAAAGAAACAAAAUGGUGCAAAUUCUACGUAAUAUUAUGGAAAAAGCCGAUAGAAUUUACCGUCAAUUGCAAGCCAACAAACGAAUUAUCGAAUUAUUACUUUUCCGGUCAUCUUUAACAAAUGAAAAGUUAAACUCGGAAACUUUUGCAAAUCUAAGCUCCAAUGUUUCUUCGACGGGAAUCAAUAAAACAAUACACAUAAUUGCACAAAAGUAUUGCGUAGAGUCAAAAACUUUAUCGGAUGACCUCUGUAUGCUAUUAUACAAAAUUAAAGCUCAUCGGAAAUCAAUAUUGCAAUAUGAUAAGAAACAAAGCAAUGUGGAAUCACCACCAACCACUGUAACUCAUCAAAAUUGUUACCGCUGUAUAUUAGUAUCAACUAUAGAAUCCUUAAAGUUGUUCAGAUCUUUGACUCUUAAUACAACAUACAACCGAGACAAUUAUAACAUUAAUAUCAUCAAUUCUUUACUGUCCAAUUUUCAUAGAAUUACAAUGAGUUGGCAAGUUGAGGUUGCAAAUUUGCUGGCAAACAUUGUAAAAGACGAUAUGAAGCAUACGCAAAAAAUUUGUAAAAUACUUAAGAGACGAUUCACUUCAAUAAUUUCAAGUUGUUUGCCAGAAUACUGUAUUGAUGUUGCCAUCAGAGGUGAUUUAUUAAUGAUCGAGGCACUCUCGUCCAUAUAUGAUAAAUGUUGGGAAACAAAAUUCAAAACUACGUUUGAACUAUUACUACUGUCUUCAAGUCACAAGCAUGCUCCUGCUCUCUUGAUUACACAAUGCUGUUUGAGGGUUUUAUUGUCAUUUACUAUUGGCAAUAAAUCGAUUGAAGAAUCAAAAUUGUCCAGCAAAAAGAAACAGAUAGAUUUCAAUGACUGGUGUUUGAACUCGGUGAAUUUUGAGACUUGGGUAUCCGAAAACUCUGAUUGUAAGGGUCCUAACGCUACUUUCUUAAAAGAAAAAUACUUUUACACGUGGAAAAAUGGAAAAAAACAAAGUACUCAUGUAUAUGGUGGUUGGUUGAUUAGCCUUGUGUUUAAUAGCUACUCAACCGACAUACGUCAAAUGUUUUGUUCAAUUCUCGCUCAGUUAUCUAAGUACCAAGAAAAACGAUUAUGGUGCAUCGAUAUGUCCACUAAUUUAUUGGAUAAAGUUGGAGAAAACCACAGUAAUGCAGUGGAAUUUGUCAACUAUUUUAAACAUUUGUCAUUGCACACACCGUGGCAACAGUACUUAGUGCUGAAUAAUUUCUUGGAUAAAUUGAUAAAACUCAUUUCAGAAGAAAUCAAGAAUAUAUUGACAGAAGAAAAACUUGGUUUCUUUUUGAAUCAAUGCUCUGGCUACGCACUUAUUCAAUUAGUAGAAAUUUUGAUUGCUUUUUGGGAAGACAAAAGUAUAAGGGAACGAAAUAAACGAAAUUUGCUAAGACCCGUUCUAGAAGGUUAUCUGAAUAUCCGUAAAAUGAGCCUACAAAGAAACGUAUCAAUUGAAUAUGCACAAGAAAAAUUACUCUUGAUAUUGGAAAACAUUACAUCUGGAAAUGAGGAAGACAUAACUCACUUUAUGACAAUAUGCAUUGAAAUAUUAAAUUGUAGCCCAAUAGAUGAUGUGAAAACUAAAGUUUUUGCAUUUGAACGUCUUUGCUCUUUAAUUCAUCAAGACGAUAGUGACGUAGGAGAGUUCUUCUUAAGUUUAGAAAAAGAUCCGCAGCAGGAAGACUUCCUUCAAGGCAGAAUGCUUGGAAACCCAUAUUCAUCUGCUGAGUCAGGCUUAGGACCUCAAAUGAGAGACGUGAAAAACAAGAUUUGCCGAGACUGUGAACUAAUUGCAUUGUUAGAAGACGAUAAUGGAAUGGAACUACUUGUUAGUAAUAAGAUCAUUAAUUUAGAUCUUUUAGUUAAGGACAUAUACAAAAACAUUUGGUUGAAAGGUGGCGGGGACCGAGAUACAAUGAAAAUCGUGUACAGAAUGCGUGGAUUGUUGGGAGAUGCAACUGAAGAAUUCGUAGAAACUAUUGAAGAUCAUAGCGAUGAAAAUAUUGAUUACGAAAAGAAACAUAGAAUGGCUAAUGUUGUAGUGGACUGUGGUGGCUUAGAAGUUAUGUUAAAUUGUUUGAAAUGUGACACAAAUCUGAAUUCUAACAGAUCACUGUUUGAAGUUAUUUUGAAAUUAUUCUCGCUAUGUUCGAAGGUCAAACGUUGCCAGGAAGCUCUUUGUCGGCCAGAAAUGCGAGCAAUGGAAGUGUUCUUACAAGUCUUGGAUUUAUGCAUUCAAAACGAAUCGACUGCACCUACGACAAAUUUGAUUGAGAGUUUGUUGGAAAUCAUGAACACAAUUUUGACAAAAGCAGCUUCAGACUCGCUCGAUUUAUUCUUGCGUCUAUCUCUAACUUUUGGUGGAGUGGAAUAUGUCCGUUCGUUAUUGAACUAUGCGAGUACUAGGUCGAUGCGUUUUAAUACCUCAAUAGCUCAAGUACAUCUUGCAAAAGUUUUAGCGGCACUUGUUUACGGUAACGAUAUUAAAAUGGCUCAUUUAUGUGAUUACUUUAAACAAGUUUUGAACUUUGAUGAAUAUGAAAAGAAACAUGAUCCCAAAGAUGAACAAAAAUUGGAGCUAUUUUGUGUAAUGGCUAAUUCAAUUGAGCCAAAUAUUGUAGGAAAUAUUCUUAAAGACUACAUAAUGAGCUUGGGUAUCGUAGAAAAAUCUCUUAGUUACAUUCUAAGUGCGCCAACAGUAAAACUCACCUUGUUCAAAGCGGAUUGUUCCGAUUUGAAAAACUUCAUAUCUCGCCCGGCAUUAAAAUAUGUCCUUCGCAUACUUACUGGAUUGUCAAUAGCUCAUGAGCCAACACAAUUAGCUAUCGCUGCGGACACAAUUCCAAUCAUACAUAUGUUGGAACAAGUUUCCAGCGAUGAGCACGUUGGUAGUUUAGCAGAAAAUCUUUUGGAAACGCUAUGUACUAAUGAGGAUAUUUCGAAGAAAGUAACCGAGGUUCGAAAUUUGACCAGGGCAGAGAAAAAACGAAUGGCAAUGGCCACAAGAGAAAAACAGUUGAAUUUACUUGGUAUGAAGACAAAUGAAAAGGGACAAGUGACGGUCAAUGUGAAUCCAUUAGAGGAAAUUGAAAAAUUAAAAGAAGAGACCGGACUCUUUUGUUUUAUUUGUCGCGAAGGAUAUACUUACCAACCAACGAAAGUGUUGGGCAUAUACACUUAUUCUAAGAGAACUGUUUUGGAAGAAUACGAGACUAAGCCAAGAAAGCAAAUCGGUUAUAGUACUGUUACGCACUUUAACAUUAUACAUGUUGAUUGUCACAUAUCGGCCAUCAGAUUAGCAAGAGGUCGUGAAGAAUGGGAAAGCGCUAGUUUACAAAACACAAAUACAAAGUGUAACGGAAUCCUUCCAUUAUGGGGUCCUGAAGUCCCAGAAAUCAGCUUUGCCACAUGUGUAAAUCGACAACAAAAUUACAUCAGAGACGCAACUCAGUGUAAUGACAUUAAUUUCCAGUCAUCUGUUCACGAUUUAAAAUUACUACUUCAAAAGUUUGCUUACGAACGCUCUUUUCAUACUCUCAUUAAUUUUGUUCCUUAUUUGCUUUUCCAUGCAAUAUAUAUAUUACUGUCAUCGCAUUCUGCUUCAAAUGAACAGAAAAAACUAAAUGAUUACAUUGCAUUGCAAGAAAAGAAACACAAAGUAUCUGAUGCUUACACUGUUGAAGGUCCAUUGUAUCACUUGACUUCAACAUUAUGCCUACAAAGUGUCAGUUCUUGGAAAAAACAUAGAAUAGAGCACCUAAAAAGAUUAAUUAUCAUCGCACAAGCUCGUUACUUUAGUCCUUCUACGGAAAUUGAUAGUUUUGAGUCAGACCAGCUAACAGAGCAAAAGUAUGAGGUAUAUAAGCCAUAUCUGAUGAUGUGGUCACUGGUGGGGCUAGUUUAUUCAUAUUUCAAUGAUUUGUCGCAAACGAAAGAUGAAGAUUGGCCCGUUACUGUAUUCAACUAUAUUCGAUAUCAUGAUGAACAACUACUUAAAACAUCCGAACAAAUAUUGCGAGAUUUUAAUAACGACUACAUAGCAUGUACGUCUUUUGAAGAAUUUUGUGAUGUUGCUGGUCUGUUUGAAGAUAUUUUGGACCCUUCAACGUUUAUAGCUUCUGUUUUGGAUUAAAAAAAUUAACGUUGAUGUGUAGUUAUACUUAUUUUGAUUUUUCUGGAAUAAAAUGCAUAAAUAAUAAA